AUUAAUUAAUUUACUUUGGCUUUUACACACUAUUUAAAACUUUUAUUAUUAAUCCAUUGUUUAAAUAACUACAUAAAUACAGUCUAAAUUGCGUACAGAGCUAGAAAAUGGUUGCAGAAUGUAUGAAUGUGUCGAUGAAAACCUCUAUGAAGCCUUGACAACCAGUAUUGUAAGAGAAGCAAUAUCAGUCAUUCAUGAUCCACUCAGUGGGCCAGGAACGUUCAUUUCAGAGACAUGCCCUGUAGCGGGUUCUAAUCUCAUUGUCCCCAAAACACAAUGCACAAACACUGACUUGUCCAGCUCACAGAAGGAUAAUAUCUUGUUAAAUGCACAUGAAAUUGUUGCAGUACCCGUACACGAAGAAAGACAAAAUGAAUCAAGCAGCAUAAUGAAGACAAUUGCAUCAAAUCGAGUUCAUCAUUCUACGACAAAAGUAUCUGCUGAAUGUACCUAUCUGGGUUCUCUAGUUGUUUUACCAGAUAUGAGUUACCAUAAUGGCUUACAUUUUCUUGUUCAAAUUUCUUACAAAAAUGAGAAAAAUAUGUCGGAUGUAUCAAACUAUGAUCAAGAAGCUAAUGAAAUUGUGAUAGAUGCUGAUUACUCUAGUGAUUCACUAUCUACCAAUGAGAUUUUCAAGAAAUUUGGUGAAAAUGUUUCAGAAGAAUCAAACUUUAAUGACCUCAUAUCAAGUGUCGUUGAUCCUCACCAUCUAGUCAGUUCUAGUGAACUCUCUAUUCAAAGCGGGAAAUAUGUUUUAAAUCGAGUCACACUAACUGUAGCUUGGGAAUAUGAAGACCCAACAUUAUUUCGUGGGCAAGGACAAAGUCAUAAAAUUUAAAGAUGGAUCUCAACUUUGAGUCUUCAAAAAAAAGAAGGGGAGGUUAUAUGAUGGAAAGAAAAGUCAAUUUUCGGUUGAUUUACUGAUUAUUAGUUUUGUUCAAUAUUACUUCCGUUUCGAUUCAAUGUAAUGAUUACUAAAUAUAGUAUUUGUUUUCUUUUUUCGUAUCAUAUUUUUUUAUGUAUAAUAUACCAUAUUCUUGUACUCAGUUGACAUGAACUAUUCUCAGUCUGUGAUUUGUUAUAACUUUAAGUAUUUUUCAGAUAUGUGAUUUCAUCCUAAUUAUUAAUCAAACUGUGUGUACAAUUUGUAUACAAAUCAAUGUAUUU